UGAAGACCAGACAAGGACACUUCUGUUAACCAACUGCCGUUGAAGUCCGAUCAAGCAAGGAAAUGGUUUCUGCAAUGUUGAAUGGCAAGAAGUUGUUUAAGACCCUCUCUCUCAUCCUCGUGGGUAUGUUUCUUUCUUUUUUCUUUUGGGGAACUGACUCUGACUGGCAGUCAGUGUCUGAUCUCAGAAUACCACAGCAGUUCUCUAUUGACCUGCCAGGCUGCUCAGCUAUCAUCACCGGAGACACAGGGGGCAGGCAAAUUGAAUUAGAAGUGCUCCUGGCUUCCAGGAAAAGAAAGAAUAGCUUAUCUGAGGACUAUUACCUCAAUCAGACAAAAGACUGUCCAGCUUACAUUGAAAAGAGAGGUUUCAUUACGAUGCCUCUCAGUAAAGAAGAGAAGGAUUUUCCCAUUGCCUACUCCAUGGUGAUCCAUGAGAAGAUUGAGAUGUUUGAGCGACUUCUGCGAGCUAUUUACACUCCUCAGAACAUCUACUGUGUGCAUGUGGACAAGAAAUCCUCACAAGAAUUUAAGAUGGCUGUGGAGGCAAUUGUUUCCUGCUUGCCUAACGUGUUUGUAGCCACUAGAUUAGAAAGAGUGAUAUAUGCCUCAUGGUCCCGGGUGCAGGCAGAUUUGAACUGCAUGAGAGAUCUGCUGAGCUCACAUGUCAAGUGGAGAUACAUGCUUAACACCUGCGGGACGGACUUCCCCAUCAAAACCAAUAGAGAGAUAAUUAAGGUACUGAAGGCCCUCAAUGGGAGAAACAGCAUGGAGUCUGAGACCACCAAUGACUACAAAAAGGGCCGUUGGCAGUAUCAUUACGAUGUCACUGACAGCGUCAUCAGGACAGACGUGAGGAAAAGUCCCCCACCCAUUAGCAGCCCCAUGUUCUCAGGAAAUGCUUACUUUGUGGUCACCAGAGCUUUUGUGAAACAUGUGAUGGAGGACAGAGAGGUUCAGAAACUUUUGGAGUGGGAGAAGGACACAUACAGCCCUGAUGAGCACUUGUGGGCCACGCUAAUGAGGAUGCCCUCCGUUCCCGGAUCACUGCCUGCUAGCAUCAAGUACGAUACGUCAGACAUGCAGGCCUUUGCUCGUGUGGUGAAGUGGAGCUAUGAAGCAGGAGAUGUGAGACAUGGGGCCCCGUACUAUCCUUGCACUGGUUCUUACAGAAGAGCAGUUUGUGUGUACGGAGCCGGUGACCUCAGUUGGCUCCUGAAACAAAAACAUGUCUUUGCAAAUAAGUUUGAUCCUGAGAUUGAUGAUAUUGCUAUUAGAUGUAUGGAGUCAGUUCUGCGUUUCAAAGCUUUAGGCCAAGCGCCACUGUUAAUAGAUCCAUAUUCCAUUUUGUGAAGCUUGCAUUAAUUUGACAGAUUAUAUGUAACAUAUAAGGGAACAGGUAAACAUAAUGGAAAAAAUAUUAAUUUAUCUAAGUACUGCUAAGGGUCUUUAACUUAAAAUAUUUUGCUCCUGUUAAGUUAUUUACUAAAAUACAAUCGAUCUUGCAAUUGUACAUAUUGUGUACUGUGUUGUUAGUGUUAGUGUUUUGUCAGUUAUUCAAUUUCUCAUCAUCUGUGAAUCUUAUUAUUAUUAUUACUGAAAGCACUUAACAUAUCUGGGUAGUACAAACCAUGAAUAUCAGCUAUAUUAUUAUUAUUAGGUUCUUACUUCUCUUGAAACCCUGUAAGACAAAUGCAAUAAUAUGUACUUUAAUAUGUACUGCAGAAGACCACAAUCAAUGUUGGUGCACAAAUUGCUUUCAUUAUCUGCACCACACCACUGUAUAUAUUGUAUACAUAUACUUACUGUACAUGUACAACUCUUUGGAUGUUCAUUUUUGCAAACCUCUGAACAACAUAUUACAAUCCAGUCAUGUGACGUGUUCAACAUUUGGGCUUAAAAUAAUAAUAAAAAUCCAUGGGAACUUAAGACACUCAUGCACCCAAUAUAUAGUAUUUAUAAUACCAUAUAUAUAUUUAUGUAUACUGUAACUGUUAUAUAGUGUCUUCUUCAACACCAUAGUUAUUACCUUUCUAAUGUUAUUUACUAAAAUACAAUCCAUCUUGUAAUGGAAUUAAAUAAUUGUCAGUUUUGUUAAAUUAUAAUUCAAUUUCUCAUCACCUCUGUAUUUUAAGAUUGUCAAGCUGUUCAUAUGGACCUGCAGCACCUGUGUGGCAGAACAUUUUUUAUUUCCAUGCCCAUGUUAACAUAUUACACUGUCCCACUUACCUUUUAAUGUGAUGCUUAUUUGAAUAUUGUCAAACAUGCUCCGUUUG